CGAACGGGACUUUUUACUGCGCUGUCACCUGUUCCUGACAAGCCGAGAUGACAAGGGGCAAGCUGGUGAAGCAACCGAAGCUUCUUCUUGUCCAGAGGCAGCACUGAUGUGCUCCUCGUCCUGCAUUAAUCCAGCUUGCUCGCCUCUCGCAAGACAACAAAGUCAUUAGCUGUGAACGGAAUCUGAUUUGAUUUGAACUUCCGCGCUGUCCCUACGGUCAAACGGCAGCGAGCCAUGUGGCCGGAGAUCGAUCGAUCGGGUGGCCGCGGAGAUCGCCCUGCCCUAUAAAUCUCCCCGUGUCCGAGCAGGCGAGCACACCUCAUCACCCACUGCGCUCCCAACUUGAGUUGAGCUAGUGCUUGACCAAAGAGCUCAGUAAUCUGCUCUCUAGAAGAGCGUGUCGAGCUAAGAUGGCCAUCUCGCUGAGCAGCCGGACCUUGGUGGCCGGGGCGGUGCUCGUCGCUGCCGCGCUGCUGCUCCCAGCUCGCCACGCGACGGCUGUCGCCGACGACAAGGCCAGGGCGCCAGCAUCGGCCAAGGAAAAGGCCGCGGCGCCUUCGGGCUACGACAGCGCCGGCAAGCCGCCGCCGUCACCGCCCGCGGACAUGGCCGCGCCGUCGCCGGCCUACGGCGCCAAGCCGCCGUCGUCACCGAGCGACAUAGCCAUGCCGCCUUCGGCCUCCGACAACUCAUCCGCGCCGCCGCUGUUGCCCCUCGUACCGCCGCCGAAGCCGCUGCCCUUCGUCAUCGUGGAGGGCGUCAUCUACUGCAAGUCCUGCAAGGGCAAGGGCUACAACACCGGCAUCGACGCGUCGCCGCUGCCAGGCGCGACGGCGAUGAUGGUGUGCUACGGGCGGAAGGUGGUGAACGCGACGGGGACGGUGACGGACGGCAACGGCUACUUCCUCAUCAUGUUCUACGACAUGCAGAACUUCAACGCCAAGACGUGCAAGAUGUACCUGGUGUCGUCGCCGACGCCGCAGUGCAACAAGCCCUACUACCCGCCCAACCAGUGGAUCGGCCUCUCCCUCGUCAGGGAGACCAGGACCAUCCCGCCGGCGGGGCUGCAGGGCAUCUACACCCCCACCAGCGUCCUCUUCUACGCCCCCGGCGCCAAAGGCCAGUGCCCCUACUGAUCGGCGGCGGUUGACCAGCUCAAAACCAUCGGACAACCACCCAUGGGAUACGUCGAGACCACCACCGUUUUCGGCCGCCGAUCCGCGUCCACGUUCGGCGCCGGCCGGCGGCCGCGCGAGACAGCGCAAGUUAAGAAGAUCGAUCCUGAUCGAUCAUCCAGGCAGUAAGUAAUAAGUAGCUAGGCAUUGCGUUCUUAGCUUAAGUUUUAGCUUCUAGUAUGUGAGUUCAGUUGUUCUAGUUCGAUCGGAGCGUGGCGAUGCUUUGUUUAUGGAUUGGUGUUGGUGUAACAUUGUGUUGUCGUUGACUAGUUGAUCAGUUCUUUAAUUUGUUUUCGAACUUGU